GAGGUGGAUCCUCGUUCUUCUACCUCCCGAAGUGCUGAGAGCCGCUAUUUCAUUUCACCUCCGUCUCCGAGCAGCUUGGUCCUCCUUCAUUUCAGGGGUUAAAUGGUGUUUAUUUUAUUUUAUUUUUUUUUAAAAGUGCCAACAAUUUCAAAAUCCUCAGCCGCACCGGGAGGACCGCACGCCGCAGCCAGCCCCGGUGAAGAGUGAAGUUUAAACCUGCAGCUGCUGCUCUGGAGACGGCGGACCCGAGCCUUCAAGAUCCCACACCUCAUAACCUCGAUUUUCUUUAAAUAUAUAUAUAAAUAUAUAUAUAUAUAUAUAUUAUAUUUUUAGUAGUUAUUGUCGACUUCAGUGAAGUUUGUUUUCGGCAUCAUGACUCGGAGAUCCUGUGCCAUUUACGCCACCGGCAUCGUCUGUGCUCACCUCCUGAUCGUGGGGAUCGCCCUGGUCGUGGCUCAAGUCUUCCAGACGAUGAUCCACAGCCGGCUAAAAAAGGAAAUUACCUUGACAGAGAAGAGCCAAGUGUUUGAGUCAUGGAAGAAUCCACCCCCACCUGUUUACAUGGAGUAUUACUUCUUCAAUGUUACCAAUCCUGAGGUGUUUUUGGCAGGAGGGAAGGCGUCUGUUCAGCAGGUCGGCCCUUAUACUUACAGGGAAUACAGGCCACGGGAAAACGUUACUUUCCUGGAGAACGGCACCAAGGUUUAUGCCCUGAACCCAAAAUCUUUUGUCUUUGUUCCUGAGAAGUCAGCUGGUGACCCCGAGGUUGACAUCAUCAGGACAGUCAACAUCCCAUAUGUGGCGGUGAUGAACGAGUUGGAAUCAUACACCUUUUUUCUGCGAACCAUGGUUUCCAUGUAUGUGAGCAGCCUGGGAGUCGACAUGUUCAUGACUCGCACUGUCCAUGAGAUUUUGUGGGGCUUCAAGGACCCUCUCCUGUCAAAGAUCCAUAAAAUGAAGCCAGAGGUGGACGAACACUUUGGGCUGAUGUGGAAGAAAAAUGGCACUCAUGAAGGAGAGUUCGUGUUCCACACCGGCGAGCAGAACUACUUAGAUUACGGCAAGAUCGACACCUGGAAUGGCCUGAGGGAAAUGUCAUGGUGGUCAUCCAACCAGAGCAACAUGAUCAACGGCACAGACGGCGCCGUCUUCCACCCGCUGAUCAACAGGGACGAGCUACUGUACAUCUUUGCCGCUGAUCUCUGCCGGUCUAUUCAUUUGGCGUAUGUGGAGGACGUGGAGGUGAAAGGAAUCCAGGCUUACCGCUUCGCACCCCCCAAUGAUGUCCUCAUGAACCCCAAGGAAAACCCCACUAACGCUGGCUUCUGCGUGCCGGCAGGAGAAUGCCUCGGCACCGGAGUGCUGAAAGUCAGCGUUUGUCGAGAAGGUGCUCCCAUCGUCGUGUCCUUCCCACACUUUUACCAGGCCGACCCUGCGUACAUCAACGCCGUCAAUGGACUUAACCCCAACAAGGAGGAGCACGAGACGUACCUGGACUUGCAGCCGACCACCGGGGUUCCCAUCCGUGCCUGCAAGAGAGCUCAGCUCAAUAUCAUUCUGAAGAGAGUCCCGGGCUUCCCCAAAACUAAGUUCAUCAACGAGACAAUUUUCCCCAUCAUGUUUGUCAACGAGACAGCAACCAUCGAUGACAACUCUGCGUCUCAGAUGAGGAUGCUGCUCCUGAUCGUCACUCUCGUGUCAAACUUCCCGGUGCUCAUCGUGGGGAUGGGCAUCAUACUGCUGCUGGUGCUUGUUGUGCUGUUCUUCAGAAAUCGCCAGAAGAAGAAUGAAGUAAAACGUAUUGAUUUUACUGAAGCUUUUCAUUCUUUUACUACGGCGAAAGACGACACUGCGUACACACAAGUCAGCGACAAACUGGACGACUCAUCGGAAAAGCCGGCCAGUCAGCCGAUGAAGAACGGCUCCUACAUUGCCAUGUCUCCAGUGGAGGCCCAGAAGUGUUGAUUGAAGACUCCCCUCCCCAGGCAUGGAGUUCAGGAGGGGUCUGGGGGAGCAGCACAGGGGGGUGUGGGAUGAUUCAUUACUGUGGGUGUGGGAGGACCGGGAACACCGUGCGACACAAACCCCAGAGAUUGUUGAGCCUACAAAGACAUUGAUCUUCUUCUUGAGCACUCUUCUGACUGUCUGUCCUCCUCUGCUCUACCUGCCGAACAUGGACUGCAACACAACCCAACCCCUAACACCUCCUCAAACUGGAAGGACCUUUUAAACUGGGAAGGGUGUUUAACCAGGAAUUUAAAAAGCUUUUUUCAUAAUUCUACUGAGGGAAAAUAAAAAACUUAUCGUAGAUGUUGCUGUUUCACACAGGUGCAUGAUCCUCUGAGCAGACCCCGCUGACGAAACUUCGUGUUUAGCAUUAACUCGAACAACACCGGGUGUUACAGUCGUAUUCUCUCAGAGUUGCGAGAGGAGAAAAACUUUAUGCCUUCAGAUUAAAAAAGCCCUUUCAAACCUGGAUCUGCAGGGGUAAAACCUGGUAUCAGAUGAGUUAAGUUUUGCUAACAAAAAUAAACUUUAGUCUAUUUUGUAAAAAAAAAACAAAAGCAGAAAAAUCAACUGAGCCUUUUAGUGCAGGUUAUACACACUGCAAUUCCAGUUUGAGUCAGUGAAUCUGUGUGUGCACCUUUAUUUCUCAAGAACUGCUGUUUUUCCUAAUGCAGACACAGUGGGGUAUGAAUGCUGAGAUACUCCUGAUUUUAACCCUUUUUUCCUCUUUACCUUUUUUCCCCUUAAACACUAUUUAAAGAGUGGAGAUAUUCAGAGAAAGUCCUCCUUGAUUUGAGGCAUCUUUGCUUUAAAACGAUUGAAAAGAUAUCUAGAAAUUAUCAGCAAAAAAGGAAGAAAAAACACCAACUUGACUUACAAGGGAGACUUGAACCUGCUUUCUGCCUUACCAGGGUUCAGCAUAUUGUACAUGUUCCGAUAAGCUGGAAACAUUUCUACUGUAAAUAGGUAAAGGGGAACUAACUGAGAUACCUCUGACCAAAUCCAGCUGGCAGUCCCGGGCGUGCUGAGAGACACUAACUUUACUUAAGUGUUGACACUUCACCUCGUCCUCACUGCUGCGUAUUAGAGGUAAAAAGCACAAUUUGGAUUGCGGGAAUCGUUUUGUUUUGUAUUUGCAGCUGAUCUGUCAGAGACACUGUCAGGUGCUGUGCUCGUUCAGACCAGGAUCCCGGUAUGCCGCUCGCCACUGUGCACUCAUUAAGUAUGCCAAGGAGCCACAGGCGUUCAGGCAAACUCAGCACACAGCACUUGAAUCACUGUUUGUCUUACGUCUUCCUUGUGUUUAACCUUCUGUGUCCGCCACAUUUGACUGGCCCCCUCUGGCGCGGGUAGGGAGUGAAUUUAAGGCCAUAAUACUGUCAACCUUAAAAUAAUUCCCUGCACUUUGCCUGGAAAUGGUGCCCGGCUGUUAAUUUGUUGUUAUUUGUCCUGACUGUUUCAAUUCAAGUGGUCCAUUUGUGUUUAGCACAUUUCGAAGGUUUGUCUGUGUUACCAGCUUUCAGACACCUGUUGAAGUGUCUCCUUUUUGAUGUUCUUGUUUUUUUUUUUUUUUGUAUUUGUUACUGCUGCUAAAAUUGCCAUAACCUAUGGACUCGUUUUUGUAUUCACCACCUUGUGCUCUCACUGGGUUGCUGGAGGCUUUCUUCUUUUGCCAAACCUUUUCAGGACCUGAGCACAAGACACAAAACCCAAAGCUUGCUACCAUCUCUCAGAUUAUCAAUAUUUCUAAACCUAUCAUACUAAAAUCACUCAUUUAUUGAACAGAAGAGGAUCUGAGCAUAUCAUAUGUAUCAUUUUGGGGGCUAUUGUUAAAAAUGGCUUUAAAGGGGUUGAGCCACUCUUGUAUUAUGAGGCACUCUUUCCAUUAUUUGUCUUUGCUUCUGCAACACAAAAUAAUCUUCAACUAAAAUGUAGAUUAGUUCUGAAUUGCAGUUUUUUUUACUGUGCAACAAAAUCCCCCCCAAAGACAUUUUAUAAGUAAGUUAUUUGUGUUAAGCUAAGAAUUUCAUAAUAAAUGCUCAAAAAGUUGUAUUUCUUUUACCUCUGAGCCAAAAGCCAAUGUGUGCAACAGUGUUGCGUUCUUCCCCUCAAUUUUAAUCCACUUACUUAUCAUCUUCUGUAUUGCAUCUCCAUGCAUGCAGCUGCCACCUUUUGCAUGCUCACAGUUCAUAGUUGUUCACCUUGCUUAACAUCCCUGAAAGACCUUAAUCCAGGGAGCUGAGUCAUCUUGUUCAAACACGCUGGCCCGAUACGCACUCCACUCCACUGACCCAUGCGUCUGGUCCUCCGAGCCCAUUAGCUCGUCCCUGCUCGACCAAAGAUAACCCCAAUCGAUCUUCUCGGGGCGCCGUGUUUGUUCUCUGUGAUAACUGCUGUGCCACUAAACCGCCACCGCCUAACUUUGAAAAGGAAGGGGAAAAAAAGAACAGAUUUGUGCGACCACUUAUCGUGAAGUAUUUGCAACAGUGUCGUGUGAACACACGUAUGAGUGUGUGCCUUUUUUCAUGAAGGCAAAGGAUUAAAACAAAAACAAUUGAUGGGUAUUGCUUUCUAUUUUAAACCUGGUGCAGAACAUAAAGUAAUCAGUGCUCUUUGAGAAGCAAAAACCUCAGUAUUAUGUAAGACAAAGCAAUACAGAGUUGCGUAAAAAAAAAAAAAGAAAAUCUUAACUAAUUGUGAAUGUUUUUUUUUAAAGGGGCCACGUGAAUUUAAGUUUUUCUAAAUUUCUGUAAGUUGUAUUAUUACUGUUUCUCUCUCUGUAGAGUGAUUUAGUUUUUCUUUUGUCCGCUUAUUUCAUUGUCGAUAAUUAAGUUUUUUAUUUGUGCUGAAAAUGUAAAAGUAAAGUGUAAAAGGCAGACCAGUUAGUGACCCAGUGCUGUAAGAGUCUGUGAGAGUGUUCAUGAGUGGUUAACAUUUCUGUCAAACUGGAGUGGUUCACUGGAAGGCUGAUUAUCUUGAUUGGGUGUAACGUGUUUAGAUGAAUGAAGCCCUCCUUCACUGAUUUAGUGCCAUACCAUUCUUCUGUUACUCUGAUCCCUUUGAUUUAUAAUGACCAGGUCUACCUGUUUUGAUAUUCUACCAGACCUUUCCUUUGAGAUUUACUAACUUGUUUUGCUGCUGAAAAUGACAAUCCCCCACCCUCUGUCAUGUUAGGUGCAAAAUGAUUUCAAAGUAAUAUCCAUUUUUAGUUUUGAUAAUUAACACUGCACAAAUGUUUAUACAGUGCUUUUGUAAACAUUUCUAGGGUAUUUGCAAAGUAAAUAAAAGAUGCAAAUAAGUGCAAA